AUGAAGAACAGGGAUCACGACAAGAGCAGCAAUGGAGGAGAGGAAAAAACUGAAAGAGUUGCAUUUAUGAAGUUAUUUUCGUUUGCAGAUAAGACUGAUAUUAUGUUGAUGCUCGUCGGCACGAUUGGUGCCAUGGGGAACGGUUCAUGUAUGCCGAUUAUGACGAUACUGGUCGGGGAGAUGAGUGAUUCUUUUGGAACUAAUCAAAACAAUACACACAUAGGACUUAGUGUUGUUUCCAAGGUCUCUCUAAAAUUUGUGUAUUUGGCUAUCUGGGCAGCUGUGGCCGCAACUCUUCAGGUCGGUUUCUGGAUGGUAACAGGGGAAAGACAAGCUGCAAGGAUAAGGGCUUUGCAUUUGAAAACAAUAUUGAGACAAGAUGUUGCUUUCUUUGACAUGGAAACAAACAGUGGAGAGGUCGUUGGGAGAAUGUCCGGUGACACUGUUCUCAUACAAAAUGCCAUGGGUGAGAAGGUUGGGAAAUUUGUCCAGCUAUUUUCAACAUUCAUUGCAGGGUUUAUAAUAGCAUUCAUCAAAUUGCGGCCUCUUACCCUUGUCAUGUUAUCCUGUGUUCCUCUGCUUGUGGCAGCUGGUGCAUCCAUAUCCUUCAUUGUAACCAAGAUGGCAUCCCAUGGACAGAAUGCUUACGCAAAAGCAGCAAACGUUCUUGAUCAGACGAUAGGCUCCAUUAGAACUGUUGCAUCCUUUACUGGAGAGAAGAAAGCUAUUACAAGUUAUAGUAAAAAUCUUGUGGAUGCUUACAAAUCAGGUGUUCAUGAAGGUUCGGCUGCUGGAAUAGGUCAUGGUUUCGUUAUGCUAGUUUUGUUCUUUUCUUAUGCCUUGGCUGUAUGGUUUGGUUCAAGAAUGAUAAGGGAAAAAGGAUAUUCCGGGGGUGAUGUGCUGAAUGUGAUUCUUGCUGUUUUGACUACAUCCAUUGCAUUCGCCGCUGGUCAAGUUACAGCAUUUAAGAUGUUUGAGACUAUCAGUAGGAGGCCAGAGAUUGAUGCCUAUGACGAAAAAGGAAAGACAUUGAAUGACAUUCGUGGAGAUAUAGAGUUGAGAGAGGAUUUUUCAGUUAUCCAGCCAGACCAGAUGAACAAAUAUUCGAUGGGUUCUCACUUUAUAUCCCUAGUGGCACCACCGCAGCUUUGGUUGGAGAAAGUGGAAGUGGGAAGUCAACAGUCAUCACUCAAAUGGAUUCGGAGUAAAAUUGGUCUUGUCAGCCAGGAACCUGUACUGUUUGCAUCCAACAUUAAGGAAAAUAUUGCCUAUGGAAAAGAUGGUGCUACUCUUGAAGAGAUAGAAGCAGCAGCUCAACUUGCAAAUGCUGCUAAAUUUAUUGAUAAACUGCCCCAGGGGUUUGACACCAUGGUGGGUGAGCACGGAACUCAGCUGUCUGGUGGGCAGAAGCAGAGAAUUGCUAUAGCAAGAGCAGUUUUGAAAGAUCCACGAAUUUUACUUCUGGAUGAGGCUACAAGUGCACUUGAUGCAGAAUCUGAAAGGAUAGUUCAAGAAGCAUUGGAUAGGAUUAUGGUCAACCGAACUAGUGUUAUUGUAGCUCAUCGUUUGAGCACGGUGAGGAACGCAGAUACAAUUGCUAUCAUUCAGAAAGGAAAGAUGGUUGAAAGAGGCUCGCACUCAGACUUAAUCAAGGAUCCUGAAGGAGCAUACUCUCAACUUAUACGCUUGCAAGAAGUAAACAAGGAAUCAGAACAAACAGCAGAAGCUCAAGACAAAUCCGAAAUUACUACGAAAUGUUUUAGACAGUUGAGUCAAAGGAUGGCGUUAGUAAGAUCCUUAAGUCGGAAUUCCUCUGUUGGUAGCAAGCGUGAGAACAACACAUUGCAGUCAGAUCCAGAAGCCCCUGCCCUGCCAUUAGAGCAACCUCCAAAGAUCUCAAUGCACCGUCUUGCUGCCCUCAAUAAGCCCGAGACUCCAGUGCUUCUUAUUGGAACUGUAGCUGCAAUCAUCACUGGUGUUAUGAUUCCAAUUUUUGGUUUGCUUUUGUCCAAGGUAGUAAAGACUUUCUAUGAACCACCUCGUCAACAAAAGAAAGAUUCAGAGUUUUGGGCAAUUAUGUUUAUGACCCUUGGUGCGGCAUCAUUAUUGGUGAUCCCAGCAAGAGAAUACUUCUUUUCUGUGGCUGGUAGUAAGUUAAUUGAACGUAUCAGAUUGAUUUGUUUUGAGAGAGUGGUUCACAUGGAGGUUGGGUGGUUUGAUGAGGCUGAGAACUCAAGUGGUGCAAUUGGUGCCAGGCUCUCAGCAGAUGCCGCUCUAGUGCGGGCCCUAGUAGGAGACACACUAGCUCAGAUAGUUGAGAGCAUUGCCAUGGCAGCUGCAGGUUUGUUCAUUGGUUUUACUGCAUGUUGGCAGCUGGCAUUCAUUUUACUCGCAUUGAUUCCUCUGAUCGGAAUUAACGGAUAUGUUCAAGCAAAGUUCAUGAAAGGAUUCAGUGCAGAUGCAAAGAUGAUGUAUGAGGAAGCAAGCCAAGUUGCAAAUGAUGCAGUUGGGAGCAUAAGAACAGUUGCUUCUUUCUGUGCUGAAGAAAAGGUAAUGGACCUAUACAGAAGGAAAUGUGAAGGCCCUACGGAGGCAGCGAAAAGACAAGGCUUGAUCAGCGGAAUAGGAUUUGGAAUAUCUUUCUUCUCUCUGUUUUGUGUCUAUGCAACCUGUUUCUAUGCGGGAGCUAAACUUGUUGAGGCUGGGAAAACAACAUUUUCACACGUUUUCCAAGUUUUUUAUGCUUUAACCAUGGCAGCUAUGGGAAUUUCUCAGUCCAGCUCCUUUGCUGUUGAUUUUAGUAAAGCCAAGAAUGCUGCUGCUUCCAUAUUUGCAAUAAUAGACAGGAAGUCAAAGAUAGACUCUAGUGACGAGUCUGGUGUGAAAUUGGACAGCGUAAAGGGGGAGAUUGAGCUUCACCGUGUAGUCUUUAAAUAUCCAUCUAGGCCAGACAUACAGAUUUUCCGAGACCUAAGUUUGACUAUUCAUUGUGGCAAUACAGUUGCCUUGGUUGGAGAAAGUGGGAGUGGAAAAUCCUCAGUAGUAGCAUUGUUGCAAAGAUUUUAUGAUCCGGAUUCAGGUCAUAUCACACUUGAUGGAAUUGAACUUGGAAAAUUCCAACUGAAAUGGUUAAGGCAACAGAUGGGGCUUGUGAGCCAAGAACCUGCUUUAUUUAACGACACCAUCCGCGCCAACAUUGCAUAUGGAAAAGAAGGAGAUGCAACUGAGGCCGAAAUUAUAGCUGCAUCAGAGUUGGCCAAUGCCUACAGGUUCAUAAGUAGCUUAGGACAGGGGUUUGACACCAUAGUAGGAGAACGAGGAGUGCAAUUGUCUGGGGGACAGAAGCAACGCAUAGCCAUUGCGCGUGCUAUAAUCAAGAGCCCCAAGAUAUUACUGUUAGAUGAAGCUACAAGUGCACUCGAUGCUGAAUCUGAGAGAGUGGUUCAAGAUGCAUUAGACGGAGUGAUGGUAAACCGGACCACUGUGGUGGUUGCCCAUAGACUAUCCACAAUCAAGAAUGCUGAUGUGAUCGCAGUGGUAAAAAAUGGGGUUAUCGUAGAGAGAGGCAAGCAUGAUACUUUGAUGAAUAUCUCGGAUGGAUCUUAUGCAUCAUUAGUAGCUCUUCACAUGAGCGCUUCAACUGCAUGA